UUUGAAAUUAUCGUGCUGAUCCCGCCAUCCUCAUUCUCGUGGCAUUUCUGUAAUUUCGUACAACUCUCCAUACAAUUUUGAAUUUCCAAUUCUCGAAAAAAUUGGGUCAGCCGGUCAGGUAAGGGAUUCACUUCUAGAUCUGCCCUCAUCUCCUCAUCUUCCCCCGAUCUGCUUCUCUCCGGUUGGCCUUUCUUCUCUCUCCGCUCCGAUCGGCGGUCACCGUCCUCCUAUUUCCGUUGAUAAUCACGAGGUGAGACUGCAGCAUUCUCAACUUCUCUCUGUCCAGUCUCCACGUCCAAUAAGCUGAGGUUGAUUUUGCUGAAGAGCUCUCGAAACGAUCCGUUUGCAACUUCAUUACGUUUUAGACCUUUUUCGAGGGGAAUCGUCUUCCAACUUCUAGCAAAUGGAGAACUCAAAAGUUCAAGAGAUAUUGGAGAAGCAGGUGCUGACGGUGGCGAAGGCCGUGGAGGACAAGAUUGAUGACGAAAUUGCAGCGCUAGAUCGUCUAGACCUCGACGAUUUUGAGGCUUUAAGGGAGCGAAGAUUGCAGCAGAUGAAGAAGAUGGCGGAGAAGCGUAGUCGAUGGAUCUCCCUUGGCCACGGCGAGUACUCGGAGAUUCCUGUCGAGAAGGAUUUCUUCUCCAUUGUCAAGGCUAGUGAUCGCGUGGUCUGCCACUUCUACCGUGAAAAUUGGCCCUGCAAGGUUAUGGACAAGCACAUGAGUAUUUUGGCAAAGCAACAUAUUGAGACGCGUUUCGUAAAAAUUAAUGCUGAGAAAAGUCCAUUUCUGGCUGAGAGGUUGAAGAUCGUUGUUCUUCCGACCCUUGCUCUUAUCAAGAAUGCAAAAGUGGAUGACUAUGUGGUGGGAUUUGAUGAGCUUGGUGGAACGGACGAAUUCAGCACCGAGGAAUUGGAAGAGAGGUUGGCAAAAUGUCAAGUAAUCUUCUAUGAAGGCGAAUCAUCCAUAAAUGCUUCAAAAUCUAGUGCACAAACCAGAAGUGUGAGGCAAAGUACCAGAUCAGACUCAUCAGAUUCGGAAUAAAUUAACAUUCCAGGUGUGGAGGGCUUACGGGCACUUAAAGGAGCUCAUAGGCCCAACAAAAGGGGCCACCUUUGGGAGCACUGGGCCCAAAAAAAGUGGGAACAAGCGAGGAUCUCGAGCACAAAGUACAGACGGAUUUUCCCAGGUGUAAUUGCAGAUGUUUGCUGUUUUUUUAAUCAACUGAUGGUAUAACAUCUUUUAUAAGGAAUGACCAAAUAUCAUCCUUCCCUCCACAUGAACUGAUCAAAUUUGAAGUUGAAUACUUUUCGACUUGCCCGCUGUGCUGUGCAUGACAGAUUGAUUUGUGUAGAUGAAAAUACUGUGAUCCCCAUUGAAUGCCAUACUAAUGCAGGUUUUGAUUGCCAAAUUAUCUGAAACCCCUUGUUCCUAAGAAGCUCAAUAAUAUUUUGAUGUCAAAUUUUUUGGUUA